UCUCUCUCUCUCUCUCUCUCUCUCGCCCGCUAGUUCGCUCCCUCUCUGCUGAGUCUGCGAGUCUGUGAAGAAAGCGGGACUUUUUUGGUUGUUCGCUCAGCGCCCUGUGCUUUUUUACACCGUGUGGUCUUUCAGUCUCUCAGGCAAACCAUGCUGCGCCUGACUGCAGGACGAUUGGGGAGCCUGUUGUCCAGACGGGCAAUGGCACCUCUCAGCAUCAGCAAUACCAGGAUGGCCAGCCAUGGACACGAAGUGUCAGAGCAGGCCGACAUGUCCGUCCCCCUGUACUGGGAUCGUCGGGAUACUCCUCUACCGGACAGACCUUACCAGGACACCCUCAGUGAUGCUGAUAAGAGCCUGAAACAGAAGGAGAAAGGACCCUGGAACGGUCUUUCAAAUGAGGAGAAACUCGCCCUGUACAGGAUUAUGUUUAAAGAAACGUAUGCGGAGAUGAAGAAGCCGUCCAACGAGUGGAAGACAGUAGUAGGAGGAAUCUUGUUCUUUAUUGGAAUAACUGGUCUGGUGGUGCUUUGGCAGCGCAUCUAUGUGUACCCUCCUCCUCCUCAUACCUUUGAUGAAGAGUGGGAGGCCAAGCAGGUGAAGAGGAUGCUGGACAUGCGGGUGAACCCAGUGCAGGGCUUCUCUUCUAAAUGGGACUAUGAGAAGGGCCAGUGGAAGUAGAUGCAGGGAGGGCAGAUGAGUCUGAGCUUUCAUGGCCCCUUGGGUAUCUGCUGCACUUGAUGCCAUGAAGUGUCUCCUACCAUCUUGUAUGAAUACUCCGUCCACUCUGGUAUUCUAUUACUUUGCUUAGAAGAGGCUUUGUUACUGCACUUGUUAUGGUGAGAGAAAAUGUUGCCGACACAGACAAAUGUACUCUGGGACCUAAACAAGCUCCUACUGAGAGUUGUGUAAUAAAUCAUUUAACAUAACUUACUAUGCUUUAACCCUUCUGUUAACUCAUCAUAGCAUAGUGCUUUUUAAUACUGAAUUUCUCAAAGGAAAUUGAAUGAAAAAGAACCCCACAGUUAAACUAACCAGGAAAUGUGUUGGUAUUCGUUGGUAUUGCAGUUGAAGCCCCCCACACACAUUUAAUGACCACAAGUGCAGAUGAACGAGUUGAAAUUGGUCUUUAUUCACUUUUAAUGAUAUCAGACAUUAAAAAAAAAAAAAAGUCCUAAGACAAACAAUUCAUUCAGGGAUGGUGUUUAAAUAAACCCAAAGCCUUAAAAAAAUA